AUGCUCCCACAGACGCAGCAGCAAGGCCAUGGCCAUGGGUUUGGGGUGAAUAAUUUCAAUCUGGACCCAUCACAGGCCGCCAAGCAGAUGGCACUGUUAACGGCUGCUCAGAAUGCACGGAUUGGAGGAAAUCCUCGCCCAUACCUCGGAGGAAAUCAGCCUCCAAACCAUGACCUCUUAAGCUCGGGGGCUGCCCCGGUUCCACAUGCCCGACAUCAGAUACCGAAUACUGCUAAUCCCAAUGCUCCCAUCCCGCCUCUUCUUGAACCAUCAAUGUCCAACCCUCCAAAUUCCCGCGUAUCCCAGCAGCGUCAACAUGGUUUCCUCCAGGGCCUUCAUAACCUAAUGGCCAUCAGAGGCAUGCCUUUGCCACCCGCUCUCACAGGAAUACCCGUUCCAAACUAUGACCAUUCAACUUCUCCGUGGUCAGCUAUCGAACCCGGUUCAGAAGUCGGCACAUUCAAAGUUGCAGGAAAGGACGUCAAUCUCUUUCGAUUGUGGGGCACCGUUUUUCAGAACGGUGGCGGUCGUGUACUCGAAGCCAACAACGCCUGGGCUUCACUUCUGCCCCAGUUCGACCUCCCCGAAGAGUUUCCCACCGUCCAGGCCAAUGGGUCAACUUCAGUGGCAAAGAUGCUAUCCCAGUAUUACAUGGCUAUCUUGCUUCCCUUUGAAGAGUCGUACCGGAAGAACAUGCAGGAGAACCAGCGCAAAGCCAGCCUUGCCAAUCGUCAGGCAAUGAUGGGAAACGCCCCAAUGCCUGGGUCCCAGCCUAUGCCUCAACAGGCUAUUCCCAACAACGCCGCACAAAUGCAACGCAAUGUGAACACACCGGUGCAAGGAAUGGUGGGAGGAGGUCAACCUGCAAAUGGCAUGCCACGUUAUCCCUCGAUGCCUCCACAACCCCAGUCUCGCCCUGCAUCUGGGAUGUUAAUGCAAGGGGCAGAUUCAAUGCUUCCAACGAACCACGCUCCAGAUUUGAAUAUGCUUGAUCAGGACGGGCAAGGCAUCAAGAGGAAGCUGGAAAUUGGUGACCUAGAGAAAAGAGCCCGACCGAGAACAGAACCUCAACCUGGAAGUCCAAUGUCCAUACCGAGUAUGGACCGAAACCCUUCAGAACCCCCGCCCCAGGUCCCCCAAGCUCCUUCAGCCCCGGCAGUAGCCCCACCGCGACCGCGAACUCAGCCCUCGCGCCGCAAGAUUGAAUACAUCCCCCUUGCACGCGAGGUCGAUACCUAUGGGGGUAGGGAUCUUCGGUUCAUCGAAGGAGAGACGGUAUUCAGCGCGCAGAGAAGACCUCUCCGCGAGUUGAACGAUUGGGGCACGGUGGAUAUCGAAUGCCUCACCAUGUCGAUUCGUUCACGCCUUGGGCCUGAACUGUCCUAUGCUCUCACCACUUUUACGCUCCUUUCGACUAUGCGAGGGCAAACCCCAGGAUCAGGCUUCCCAAUCCAGCAAUGCCCCGAUCUGUUGGAGGAGGCGCUCGACCUCGUGGAGGAUAUCGCAUUUGGAGGGUAUGAAGAGUCACACGACCCGACGCUCGACUCAUUCGAUGACGACGCAUCCAUCGUCACAAACCAUCAGCUCGUCAACCACAUUCUGGACGAGCAAAGUCUUCCCUUUGCUGGCCUUGAACCACAUCAAGGUUCUAAAGACGCCGAUUUGGGCCCGCAACAGCGACCCGCCAAUUAUAUUGUCACCGUCUUCAAUAUUAUCCGCAACUUGACGGUUAUCGACGACAACAUCCGGUAUCUUGCCCACCAUACCCGGCUACUGGACGUGCUACUGCGCACCUGUAAAGUGGUGGAAAAGGAUGGCGCCUUCAAGCCUGCCUCCCCGGCUCUCUCACUCAACGACUUGGUCCUCAUCCGGAAGGACAUGUUGUACUCCCUUCUCGCCCUUUCUGGGUUCACCAACCUCGCAUCACCCGACAUCCCCCCGAAAGCCGCCUCUCGGAUAACGAAGCGUAUAUUUGAACUCAUCGCCUCUUACCUGAUUGAUCCUCAAGAAGCGGUCCCUCCAACAUACUCCGUUCAGCAUAUAGGCAUUCCGUUCGGUGGCAACAUGCGGCCUUCGACAUUGGUCCAAAUUGCCCUAGAAACCUGGAAUCAUUUCAGCCAACCCGAUCCCAUUCGCAAAUUGAUGGUCAAGGCCAUUCCUCAUCAUUUGCUAUGGACUCUCUUCGAAGCUCUGGUCCAUCGCCUUCCCAUGUCCGACCUCGACUUCCAAUUGGUUUCUCGCGAGAUUUGGCUAUCGCAUCUCGAGGCAAUCAUCAUGGCCAUCUAUUCCCUCGCUUUUAUGGCGCCGCCGGACCUGAAAGAAAAGAUGCGAAGUGACAGAAAGCUCAAAUUCAAUGCCAUCUCUGCUCGGAUGUUGCAGCGAUUCUUCAUGAAUGGUGCUGAGCUCAGGGCGAUCUUUCUCGUCUGUGCGAGGCGUGUUACGGAGACGUUGAAGGUCCUGGACGACAAAAAGGACCCGUUCGAGAAUCCGGUAGAUUCAACGGGACCGACGUUGUCUUUUGGAAUGGGGUUCGCGGACGCAUCGGAUAACGGACCAGAAAAGGGAACUGGGCUUCUCGGUGGUUAUAGCAGGGAUCUCUGGCCGACAUUAACACUGAGAGAGGUCCAGAGCGAUGAGAUCAUGUUUGGGGAGCUGGAAAGCCUUGUCCGGGUGGAGUGUCAGUGA